AUGGGCGUCAGGUACAACAUAUAUACAGAAGAUAGAAUCUCACCAGAUACUAGUGAUCCAAGUAUUCCAGAACCGGAACCAAUACAAGCAGAUGUAUCCCUCAUAACGGUGAACGCCUAUGUAGAAGUCAGUAUAGUCGAAAGCGCCGCGUACGAUAUCGCCAAUCUCGGACGAGCUAGAGAGGGGAACUAUUAUAUCGGGCGUUUUGACUUCGAGGGCGCCGCGCGCCGGAACCGCGCGAGGUUCCGGGAGCGCACGUGGGCCGACCUGGUCUCGAACGCUGGCGCACUUGGCGACGAUUUCAAUACGGCAUACCUCAUGGUCCGCGAUUACCUCCGAGGGAGACGGAAGCUUGUCAUUUUUGUCAAUAUCGGUGCACACGCUACGGUUCUCACGCUGGUUCGUGGCUCAAGGGUCGCCACGUUCUUCGACACGUGGGCGACUCGUAAUAACGGGGAAAGGGCUCUCCUGCUGUGUUCGUCCAUCAUAAGGUCGGUUUUCAAUGAGACAACAGAAGGCUGGACCCUACAAUUUCCGCCCGUCGGGAAGCAGAACGUACGAGCAAACAAUUGUGGUAUACAUUCGUUACUGAGAAUUAGAGAUGAGUUGGAAGACAACAAUGAACAUGAUACCAAUGAGACAAGUGCCAACACAAUGAGGCUAUAUCUAGCGCUCCAAGGUGCACACGGCGAGGACAGGUACCCCUUAGCGGAUAUCAUCAACUAG